GUUAGGCUGAGUCGCGAUUAUAAAGACCGGCGGCGGAGCACGCGUGUGUUCGGACGCAGUUGCGUGAGCGUUUUCUCCUUCCCUUCGUGCGGUGGAGCAAAGCUCGUUCCUCUCCCGCCCCCUCAGCCGCGCCGGCUUGACGUUUUUGCUCCUGAAGGUUGAAUUGACCAAAGCAAUGGUUAUGGAGAAGCCUAGUCCCCUGCUGGUCGGGCGGGAGUUUGUGAGGCAGUACUACACGCUGCUGAACCAGGCCCCGGACAUGCUGCACAGAUUUUAUGGGAAGAACUCUUCUUAUGUCCAUGGGGGACUGGAUUCCAAUGGAAAGCCAGCAGAUGCGGUCUAUGGACAGAAAGAAAUCCAUAGGAAAGUGAUGUCGCAGAACUUCACCAAUUGCCACACCAAGAUUCGCCACGUUGACGCUCAUGCUACUCUGAAUGAUGGUGUGGUGGUGCAGGUGAUGGGGCUGCUCUCCAACAACAACCAGGCCCUGCGGAGAUUCAUGCAGACCUUCGUCCUUGCCCCUGAGGGAUCUGUUGCAAAUAAAUUCUAUGUUCACAAUGACAUCUUCAGAUACCAGGAUGAGGUCUUUGGUGGCUUUGUUACUGAGCCUCAGGAGGAAUCUGAGGAAGAGGUAGAGGAACCAGAGGAAAGACAGCAGACACCUGAGGUGGUACCUGAUGAUUCAGGAGCCUUCUAUGAGCAGGCUGUCAGCAAUGACUUGGAAGAACAUCUAGAGGAGCCUGUUAAUGAACCGGAGCCUGAUCCUGAACCAGAACCGGAGCAAGAACCUGCCUCUGAGAUCCAGGAGGAAAAGUCUGAGCCAGUAUUAGAGGAAACUCCUGCUGAAGAUGCACAGAAGAGUUCUUCCCCAGCACCUGCAGACAUAGCUCAGACCGUGCAGGAAGACCUGAGGACAUUUUCUUGGGCAUCUGUGACCAGCAAGAAUCUUCCUCCCAGUGGUGCUGUUCCAGUUACUGGGAUACCACCUCAUGUUGUUAAAGUUCCAGCUGCACAACCCCGUCCAGAUUCUAAACCUGAAUCUCAGAUUCCACCGCAGAGGCCUCAGAGGGAUCAAAGAGUGCGAGAGCAACGAAUCAACAUUCCCGCCCAGAGGGGACCCAGACCAAUUCGUGAUGCUGGUGAGCAAGGCGAUGUUGAGCCCCGAAGAAUGGUGAGGCACCCGGACAGUCACCAGCUCUUCAUAGGCAACCUGCCUCAUGAGGUAGACAAGUCCGAGCUGAAAGAUUUCUUUCAAACUUUUGGGAAUGUGGUGGAGUUGCGCAUUAACAGUGGUGGCAAGCUACCUAAUUUUGGUUUUGUUGUGUUUGACGAUUCUGAACCUGUUCAGAAGGUCCUUAGUCACAGGCCCAUCAUGUUCAGAGGUGAAGUGCGACUGAAUGUGGAAGAGAAGAAGACUCGAGCUGCUAGGGAAGGAGACCGUCGCGAAAACCGCCUGCGGGGACCAGGAGGGCCUCGAGGUGGGCUGGGCGGUGGAAUGAGAGGCCCUCCUAGGGGAGGCAUGGUGCAGAAGCCAGGCUUUGGAGUGGGCAGGGGCCUUGCUCCAAGGCAGUGAAUUGCCCUCCGCUGAUCGUCAUGCAGCAUACAACUCUUAGCUCCUGCAGAAUGGUGAAUUUCUUCAACCAGCCUUUCACGUCUUGGAGAAUGACAUAGUCUGUUAUAAACUGCUAAAGUUUGUACAACUUUACUUUUGCGUUAAUGGUGUGUGUUCCCUUUCCUUCCUUCUCCCUCCCCUUAGUCCUUCACUUCCAAUUUUGUGGAAUGGUGUUUUAGGAGUAUUGGAUUUAUAAAGAAGAAAAAAAGACUGAAUUUCCUUGCUUAUACUUUGCAUAUACAGACUGGACUUUUUAAAAAUAGCCAUUUCCCCAAAGGAAUGUGUUUUUCUUAUUACUGACAUUUGGUAUGUUUCAUUCAUUGAAAUAUUUCUCAUUUUCUACAUGUUUUCAAAAACCUGAGAUACAGGAUUUGGUAAACAUUAUGAAGGCAGGAAAAAUCCAAAUUGUUUCUUCUUUGAGAUUCAUAACCUUCUCGUGUACAAAAAUUGCCAUUGGAAAAUUUGACGAGUUUGAUUUUUGCUAGUAUGGCUAAUAACUGAAUAAAAGGUGUUAAUAGUUACUUUGUUUUGGUAUGUGAUGACCAACCAAUUCUGAAAGUUUCUGCCACUAAAAUUGUGAGAUAGGUUUUUAACAUGUCUAGAAUGCAACUGAUUAGCUUUUUCUUGAACUUUUUUUUUUGAAGUAGGGUUUUUUUCAUGUUUAGUUUGUAU